GCUGUGAUGACGAUAGUGCAACGACAACGUUUUAUGAUACAGACAAGCCCUGUUCGGUUACAUACGCCAAGGCGAAGAAGAAAGAGGCAGGUUUCUGGUGGGGAGUCUCCAUUUUAUAAAUAUGAGAGUGACAAUUCCAGAAAUGAAAGUGACAAUGAAGUUGUUCUUGAUAAGGAAGUGUGCCCACAACUAUUUUCAACAGAUGGGUUGCUUUUACAGCAACCACAACAUCAAUAUAAUGUACAGAAUGUACAUCAAACUGAAGAUAGACAGAAUGAUGAUGAUGAUAUAUUUAGAAACAUAGAUGAAGUGUCUAAUAAACUAUUAGAUUUGGUAUUAGAGUUAACGGAUGGUUUGGUUUUACAGCAACUGCAACAACAAGAUGCUGUUGUACAGAAUGUAUAUCAAACCGAAGAUGGACAGAAUGAUGAUGAUAAUAUAUUAAAAAACAUAGAUGAAGUGUCUAAAAAACUAUCAGAUUUGAUAUUAGAGUUUGGAAUAAACCCAAAAAAAGCAAGAGUUGAAAAGGCAGCUACGCAGAUAGUAUAAUAAUGUUAAAGAGGAUCGUGAGUAGUUUGUAGACAUAGCAGCUAUUGUUUUUUUAAUAAAAAAUGUUAUACAACGAAUUUGCAUUCAUAUUGUUUAUUGACAGUACAAGAUUUAACU